AUGAUUCCCAAAUUCUGUCUCCUUCUUUUCUAUUUGUUUUUGGGACUGAUUACUGCCGCCCCUAUCCAACGCAGCGAAAAUGGUUUCGGUCUUAAGGAUGUCUCUAUUUUUAAGGACCCCAAAGCAGAAGGCAAGAAGGGAGAGGGUAAAUUCCACUUCGCAACCACCCAUCUGACCUACGGCAAGCCACUUCAGAAUGAUGAACUGGUGAAUGUGGCGAAAGAGGCUAGCAAAGGUGUGAGCAGUCUUUUCUCCAAGAAACAAACCCCUACUGUCUUGGCGGCAUUGGCAGUUGGCAACGAGGUGUUUAUUGGGACCUCUGUAAAGGGCGGCUCUGAUAGCUUCUUCUACGGCAAAGGUGCUAAAGAUGAGGAGGACUCUGUCAAACUUUUCGAAUACUAUAAGGGAUCGGAUAAGAUCAGAACGGUUCUCGAUGCGUGCAAGUCAGAUCAUAAAGGUCUGCUGCACGGGAAUAAUGCCGCCUGUGGAGAGAUAACGGCACUCCUGACUUACUUCACGAAAAAUAACAAGCCGUUGAACGAUCAAGACGCCAGGAUCGUCGCAGUGAGUACCAGGGACCAAAAAGUCGUGCCCCCAUGUGAUGGCAACAAGAACGAUGUGGUUGGUGGAUGGGGCUGCAAGCAGACAGUCGGAAAAUUUGGACUGACAGCCAUCACUAAAGAUGCAAGCAAUGAGGUGAAGCUACCUUCACCCACCAGUACGGAUAAUAUCGAACUUCAGAAGAAAAAGAACCCCACUCCUGGGACGCAGCCAGGCUCUACUGAGCCGACGAACCCUGGGCACCAGACGAACCCUGGGCAACAGACGAACCCUGGGCAACAGACGAACCCUGGGCAACAGACGAACCCUGGGCAUCAAACAAACCCUGGACAUCAGACAAGCCCUGGGCAUCAGACCAACCCUGGACAUCAGACAAACCCUGGACAUCAGACAAGCCCUGGACAUCAGACAAGCCCUGGACAUCAGACGAGCUCUACCGAUAAGAAACAUGGAUCGUCCAAGACCUCUAAGCAUGGUCACUAA